ACAUAAUAUAAAGCUAGCCGGCAAUGCAACAGUUUGUGAUCAGCUUAUAUACAGUGACCUCUUUCUAAUAUUCCUUCCCCUCCUUUUAUCUUCAAAAAGAAAUCAGAUUAUAAGCUUGACAGAAAGAGAGUGAGUGAAAAUGCCAAAAGCAAAAUAAUGCAAGAAUUGGGUAUGUAGAAUGAGUUGCUUGUUUUAGGAUUUAGGGUUUUGAGCUUUGGAGGUGAUUAAUUGGAAAUGGAUUCACCACAGUCUCUUCAAGAUUCUGUUCCUCAUGCUAGUCAUCAAACACAUAUAUGGGGAGGCUUCGUAAUAGGCAUUCUAACAGUCGUGAUAGCUGCGUUGUUAUACUUCCUUUGCAGCAGGAAGCUUAUACCGGCUCUCAGGCGCCGGCGAGAACAAGGGCAGUUGUCACCAAAGAAACUUGCUCUAAAAGGAACUUUGAAACAGGAGAAGAUAGAUCUGAGGCGAUUCCAUCUGGAGGAACUAGUGAAGGCUACAAAUAAUUUCAACAGAGACUGCAUGUUGGGCUGUGGUGCUUUUGCAAAUGUUUACAAGGGGAACUUUGAUGAUCUGGGAACCCUGGCCAUCAAGAGAGCUCACGCCGAUUCGUUUCAGAGUGUUGAAGAAUUCAGAAACGAAGUGAAGCUACUCUCUAAAGUUAAGCACAGAAACCUUGUAGGACUGGUUGGAUAUUGUGAAGAACCUGUUGGAGCAAGAGGGGGAAAAGUUUUGAUCUAUGAAUACGUACCCAAUGGUUCUCUGCUUGAUUAUAUAAUGGGAAAGAAAUGGAUAAGCUUAAGUUGGAGGCAAAGAGUGAACAUAGCCAUUGGAGCAGCAAAAGGCAUUGCUCAUUUGCAUGAAGGGGUUAACCCAAGCAUAAUUCACCGUGACAUAAAGCCAAGUAACAUCUUGAUAGGAGAUGGGUUUGAAGCUAAGGUUUCAGAUUUUGGACUUGUAAAAUCAGGGCCUGUAGGAGACGAUUCACAUGUCAGUAGCCAAAUCAAAGGAACUCCAGGGUACCUCGACCCUGCUUAUUGUGCAAGUUUCCACUUAUCCCAAUUCAGUGAUGUCUAUAGCUUUGGAAUCAUUCUUCUCCAACUUGUUUCUUCCCGGCCUGCUGUUGAUAUGACCGGAAAUCGCCCUAAUUUUCACAUCAUUGACUGGGCAAGGCCUAGCUUAGAGAGAGGUCGUGUUGAGGAGAUUUUAGAUGCUAAUCUUUUAUCAGAACCAUGUAACACAGAGGUGAUGCUAAAGAUGGGAAAACUUGGCUUGAGGUGUGUUGUGAAAAUACCCAAGAACCGUCCUACAAUGUCCCAGGUGUGUCGAGAACUCGAAGAAGCCCUCUAUUCUGCAGACAAUAAACAGCAGUUGAGAGAGAGUCGAAGAUCAAAUGGUGCACCUCGUCGACCAACAGACCUAGGGUUUGGGAGAUCAAUAGACUAUGAUCAAUCUCUAAACUCUGUGAGCCUAGAUGGCAUUGGAUUCCAGAAGUUUCAUGUAGACCUAGAUAGCAUGUCCUUUCAGAGCACAAGCUUAAGGUGUUUAGAGAACAAUAGUAUUGAAAUCGACAUCGACAGGGACGAUUUGAAAGAUAUACGAGAGGAAAUUAGUACAGAAGAAGACCCAAACAUGAAAUGAAUGUUUCAAUGUAUCUGUGUGUGAGAAAGGUUGAAAUUUAUUUGUGCUUGGAUUGUAGGUACAUUGUGAAUCUACUGAAUUGUGAUAUAUGCUAAAUUUUAAGAAACACCAUAUCCUUAUUA